AUGGAAGAAAGGAAUAUUAAUCUUCCUUUAAUACUACUAAUUAGUUAUAUAACAAUCAAUUUAAUAACAUUAGGAAAUACGCAAAUGUGGAGUUCAUUGCAGGACACGAUUGAAAAAGCACAGAAAGAAGCAAUGAAUGUAACUAGCAGAGAAGAAAGUUCGUCAGGUAGUAGGAGAAAUGAUUUGAGCUUGUCUCAAAGCGAUGGCAAUUAUUAUAAGAAGAGACAAUCAAACAAGGCAGGUGGUAAACGUUAUGAAGGUCUUUUCUAUUCUCGUGGUUAUUCAAUAUUCGGGGAUAUUGAUUCAGAAACAACUACAUUUCAGUAUGGUGGUAAAAUCACAAAAUAUGGUAAACGUAGACGAAAGUAUUCCGACAGAGAUACAAUUGGAAGUUCGGAUCGAUAUGCUAGUUCAUAUAUUAAAGAUGACUUUAAGAUAAGAGCUAAAUCAAAGAAGAAAUAUGCAAAAGAUUAUAAUGGAAUGUCUGAAAUGACAGGGAGAGAUAUGCAAAUCUCUGGUAUUCGGAAUAAUAAUCAAAAUAAAGGAAGAACAGAAACUAAUACAGAUUCAGAAUCGAGAGAAUCGCGAAACAGAACUGAAGACACGAGAAACUUUAAUAUGCACUAG